AUGCACUCGGAAUUCGUUCUUUUGUCUAUGCUAGUUGCUGCGAGCCUCUCCGCUGCACUUCCAACAACUGUCAACGUCUCUAAUCCAUUCAAUGGCCCAAUACCCAGCGAAACGGACUACUAUAGUUCAUAUCGUGGUAAAUCUGCACCAUUUCCAGCAAAUUACACAGCACCUAUCUUACCAACAGCGAGUGGUCCACCCGGACCUGACGACCUUCUCUUUCAAAACCUUCUCGGAGCAGAAUGGGCAGUAUUUUCCUUCUACCAGCAAGCUGUCGAAGCUCUAAAUUUUACAUCAUUUACAUCCAUUGGAUUUCCGAAUACAACCUACGAUCGCAUUCAAGAGAUCCGCGAUAACGAAGCUGGUCAUCUUCGGAUAUUCCAGGAUUCGAUAUCUAACACAUCGAUUAAACCUGGUCCCUGCAGUUACGAUUUUGGCUGGAGCACCGCAGCCGAAUUCUUAGAAAUGCAAAUUCUGAUUGAAGUAUCAAGUAUGGCAUUCGCAGCCGGACUAGUGCAGCAAGCAAAGAUGAACGAAACGAAAGGCGCAUUGAUGGGGAUUGGAGAGACCGAGACUCGUCACACCACGUGGGCUUUGAUUUCAGUUUGGGGAGUUGAUCCUUUCGCUGGUCCAAUAGAUACGAGUUUUCCAUAUGCGAAUCAAAUCCUAGACUCGACGAAUCGGUUUAUUAUCGAUGGUUCAUGUCCAAGUGCGAACCCUGAAUACCCGUCUCCUAGUCAGCACUUACCACAGUUACAUGCGCCGGGACAAAUAACUCCUGGAGGGAAGUUAACAUUUGUUUACGAAGCAGGUAGUAAUGGGAGUCAAGUGCCAAGUUUUGAGGAGGGAAAAAUUUAUUAUGCUGUUUUCUUUCACGGGUUGGAGAUUAUUUCGGUCCCGUACGAUGUCGCUACGAAUAGCACAAUUUUCCCUGCCAAUCUUGAACUGAAGGGUAUAAUCUUGGCAGUUAUUUCUGAUGAGGUGGACGCGCCCACUGAGGAGUCUGUUGUUGCUGGCCCUGCGUUCAUCUUGGAGCAACCGGCGAUACUUGCUGCUAGUGGUCUCUCCCUUGCUAUUCCUAACUGGCUCAUCAUGCCAUUCUUCAUCCACAACCUUGUAAUGGCCUUCCGAGGUCCAAGGUACUCCCAAUUCCCAGGAACAGGAGGGGGUGCAAGCAUCUCCGCCUCUAGACGGGUCUGCGCUAGCAGCUAA